AUGCUCCUGUCCCAAUCCUUGCUCAACAUCUCCUUCUUCCAGCCACCUGCUUUCCUCAUGAGUGGCAUCCCAGGGAUGGAGGCUGUUCACGGCUGGAUCUCCAUCCCCUUCUCCUCCAUGUACACAAUGGCCCUCACUGGAAAUAUCCUCAUCUUCCUCGCUGUGAGGAGGACUCCAAGCCUGCACCAGCCCAUGUACUACUUCCUGUGCAUGCUGGCCCUCACCGAUGUGGGCCUCACCUUGUCCACACUGCCCACCACACUGGCAGUGCUCUGGUUUGACCAUCGGCUCAUUGCCUUCCAUGCUUGCUUGGUUCAGAUGUUCUUCCUGCACUUCUUCUCGGUAGUGGAGUCCUCAGUGCUCCUGGCCAUGUCCUUUGAUCGCUUUGUGGCCAUCUCUAACCCCUUGCGCUAUGCAGCUAUCCUCACAAAUAGCAUCAUUGUCAGGAUGGGACUGGCCAUUGUGGUUCGAGCCACAGUGUCCCUCUUCCCUCUGCCUUUCCUCCUGAAGCGACUGAACUAUUGCCCUGGCAAGAUCCUCUUGUCACACUCGUUCUGUUUCCAUGCAGAUGUCAUGAAACUGGCCUGUGCUGACAUCACUGUCAACAUCCUUUAUGGGCUGUAUGUGGUUCUGUCCACAGUGGGUAUCGACUCCUUGCUUAUUGUCUUUUCCUAUACUCUUAUUCUUCACACAGUGCUGGGGUUGGCCUCUCCCAGGGAGCGCUUGCGGGCACUCAACACCUGUGUCUCUCAUUUCUUAGCUGUCCUGGUUUUCUACAUCCCAGUCAUAGGUGUGUCCAUGAUCCACCGAUUUGGGAAGCACCUGCCACAGCUUGUGCAUGCUCUUGUUGCCUAUGUGUACCUGGUGGUGCCCCCUGUGCUCAACCCCAUCAUCUACAGUGUGAAAUCCAAACCCAUCAGGGAGGCCAUGCUCAGGGUGAUCAGAAGGAAAGACCACAGCUGA